GAUCCGUGCAGGAGCUGCCCCAAGGCACUGGGUGGGAUCAUGUGUGUGUGUAAAUGAGCACUGAACACUUCUGAAGAAGAGACCCCUCAGUUUCCCAGGUGUCUGCUCCCCAGAGCCCCAGCCAUGUUCAGUGCCAGCCAGAGCUCCCGGGCGCAGUUCCUGGACAAGGCGCGGCAGGCGCGGGAGGAGCGGCGGGAGCUGAAGGAGAGGGAGCGAGCGGCUGUGCAGCUCCAGGCCCUGGUCAGGAGGUUCCUGUGCCGCUGCCGCCUCCAGAGGGACAUCAGGAAGGAGGUGGACGAUUUCUUUGGUACAAAUGAAUCUGGCUCAAGUAAAAGAAGUGCUCUGUCUGUGUUCAGAAUUGCCAGGAAGCUGCUGUUUGUGUUUAAUCCCAAAGAGGACAAGGAGAGAUUUGAAAAGCUGUGCCGCUGUAUCCUUAACAGCAUGGAUGUGGAGAAUGAGCCCAAGGUGUGGUACGUGUCCCUGGCUCUCUCCAAGGAUCUCACACUCCUAUGGAUAAAGCAGAUCAAAGAUAUUUUGUGGUUUUGCUGUGAAUUUCUCAAGCAGCUCAAGCCUGACAUCCUGCAGGACUCCAGACUGGUCAAUCUGCACCUCACAAUGCUCGUCACCUUCACAGACACUUCGACCUGGAAAAUCCUCCGGGGAAAAGGUGAAACCCUGAGGCCUGCAAUGAACCACAUCUGUGCAAACAUCAUGGGACACCUGAACCAGAAGGGGUUUUAUUCUGUGCUGCAGAUUUUGCUAACUAAUGGCUUGGCAAGAUCCAGACCUUCCUUGUCCAAGGGCUCUUUAACUGCCAUCUUCUCCCUGGCACUGCGCCCUGUGGUUGCUGCACAGUUCUCAGACAAUCUGUUGAGGUCCUUCCUGAUCCAUAUCAUGUCUGUGCCUGCUAUAAUGACUCACCUUGCUACUCUCACACCUGAGCGUCUGGCAGUGAUAGAAUCUCACGAUCUGUUCCGCAAGUUCAUCCUGUUCUUGAGCCGCGAGGCUCAAUGCCGAGAUGUCUGUGUGUGCCUGGAGGGGAGCCACACUCUCUGUUUGCUGGGUAACCUGGUGUUCCUGGGCUCUCUGAAUGACCAGGUCCUGGAGGAGGAGACAGCCCACUUUGUGGGGGUGCUCAUCCACAUGCUCUCCUACUGCCAGAAGUACGUGUCACAGAAGAAAUCCAACCUCACCCACUGGCACCCUGUUCUGGGCUGGUUUUCACAGACUGUGGAUUAUGGACUGAAUGAGUCCAUGCCUCUGCUGACAAAGCAACUGCAGCACCUCUGGGGAGUCCAUAUGAUCCGCAUCCUCUUCAGUGAUGUGCUCAGCAAGAAGCUGCUGGAAAAUCAGGAAAUAGCUCAGCUGCCAGCACAGCCAGUUUCCCCUCAGAACAGCCUUCCUAUGAAAAACCUGUUCAAGAGAGCGUUCCAGAAAUCCGCCUCUGUCCGGAACAUCCUCAAGCCGGUGGGGGGGAAGCGCGUGGACUCCGCGGAGGUGCAGAAGGUUUGCAGCAUCUGUGUCCUGUACCAGACCACCCUGACCACGCUCACCCAGAUCCGCCUGCAGAUCCUCACAGGUCUCACCUACCUGGAUGAUCUGUUGCCCAAAUUGUGGGCUUUUAUCUGUGAGCUGGGACCACAGGGUGGGUUAAAACUCUUUUUGGAGUGUUUGAACAAUGACACAGAGGAAUCCAAGAGGCUGCUGGCCAUGCUGAUGCUCUUCUGUGACUGCUCCCGCCACCUCAUCACGAUUCUUGAUGACAUAGAGGUCUAUGAAGAGCAGAUUUCAUUCAAGCUGGAGGAGCUCGUUACCAUCUCCUCUUUCCUGAAUUCCUUCGUGUUUAAGAUGAUCUGGGAUGGAAUUGUAGAGAAUGCCCGAGGGGAGACCCUGGAGCUGUUCCACUCCGUGCAUGGCUGGCUCAUGGUGCUGUACGAGCGGGACUGUCGCCGGCGUUUCGCUCCCGACGAGCACUGGCUGCGCAAGGACCUCAAACCCAGUGUGCUCUUCCAGGAGCUGGACAAGGACAAGAAACGAGCCCAGCUGCUCCUGCAGUACAUCCCACACGUCAUUCCCCACAAGAACAGGGUGCUGCUUUUCCGAAACAUGGUCACAAAGGAGAAGGAGAAGCUGGGGCUGGUUGAAACCAGCUCGGCGUCCCCUCACGUCACACACAUCACCAUCCGCCGCUCACGGAUGCUGGAGGAUGGAUAUGAACAGCUCCGGCAGCUUUCCCAGAACGCCAUGAAGGGGGUGAUCAGAGUGAAGUUUGUGAAUGAUCUGGGAGUCGAUGAGGCUGGUAUUGAUCAGGAUGGGGUCUUCAAAGAGUUUCUGGAAGAGAUAAUUAAAAAAGUGUUUGACCCUGCACUCAACCUGUUCAAGACCACCAGUGGUGAUGAGAGGCUGUAUCCAUCCCCAACAUCCUACAUCCAUGAGAACUACCUCCAGCUCUUUGAGUUUGUGGGGAAGAUGCUUGGGAAGGCUGUAUAUGAGGGAAUAGUUGUGGAUGUACCAUUUGCUUCCUUCUUUUUGAGUCAGCUCCUUGGGCACCACCACAGUGUCUUCUACAGCUCCGUGGAUGAACUUCCCUCCUUGGACUCUGAGUUCUAUAAAAAUCUCACUUCAAUUAAGCGUUAUGACGGUGAUAUCAGUGACCUGGGCUUAACACUGUCCUAUGAUGAAGAUGUGAUGGGUCAGCUUGUUUGCCAUGAACUUGUUCCUGGAGGGAAGACCAUUCCCGUUACCAAUGAAAAUAAAAUCAGCUACAUCCACCUCAUGGCUCACUUCCGGAUGCACACCCAGAUCAAGAGCCAGACAGCUGCUCUCAUCAGCGGCUUCAGGUCCAUCAUCAAGCCCGAGUGGAUCCGGAUGUUUUCCGCGCCGGAGCUGCAGCGCCUGAUCUCCGGGGACAACGCUGAGAUUGACCUCGAGGACCUGAAAAAACACACCGUGUACUACGGGGGCUUCCAUGGGAGUCACCGGGUCAUCAUCUGGCUGUGGGACAUCCUGGCCAAUGACUUCAGCCCCGAGGAGAGAGCCAUGUUCCUCAAGUUUGUGACCAGCUGCUCCAGGCCUCCACUUCUGGGCUUUGCCUACCUCAAGCCUCCUUUUUCCAUCCGCUGUGUGGAAGUCUCUGAUGAUCAGGACACGGGGGACACUCUGGGCAGCGUCUUGCGCGGCUUUUUCACCAUCCGCAAGAAGGAGCCGGGUGGGCGGCUCCCGACCUCCUCCACCUGCUUCAACCUCCUCAAGCUGCCCAACUACAGCAAGAAAAGCAUCCUGAGGGAGAAGCUGCGCUAUGCCAUCAGCAUGAACACUGGCUUUGAGCUGUCCUAGGCGGCCUGCACUCGGAAACGCAGUGUGUUGAACUAGAGCACAAUGAGUUGUUGAACACUGAAAUAAAAUCCUUGCUCCCCUUUUCCCUUUGUUCCUCAGGAGUACAAUUCCUAGAAAAGAUCUUCCUACAGACUUAGCUUGGUCCCUCCAAACCUGGAAAUGUUGCACUGUGAGACACUGCUCCCCAUUGUAGCUGGUGUAUAAAAUGUGAUUGUAUGGUGACUCCCUGGUAGCUGUGGACUAAGAUUUCUGUGGAGGGGCUGAUUUCUGUGUCCUGGGGAGGCUGGAAUGUGUGUUUACCUGAGCAGAAGGUGUGGAAGGUGUGUCAGUCCUGCCUGCUCUGUGUGUCCUGCAGGUGUGCAGGGCAGGGAUGGUUGUGCCACGGGAGAUUAAUGAGGAGCUUUUCUAUCCAAGCCUCGCUGCCGUGGAGACCUUGGUUACAUCCCUGUGUGUCAGAACUGCAGAGAAAAUAAAGCUGGUUUGAGCUCA